AUGGCGUCUAUACAUGAGCAUACAUACUAUGACAACCUGAAUAAAUGGACUGCAAACAAAGUUGAUGCUGUUGUUGUAGUAGUGGAUUAUCAAGUAGCUCCUCAGUAUAAAUUCCCUGUUGCAACUUACGAUGUCUUUGCCGCAGUUAAGCGUUUUCUACAAGAUGAUAUUCUUACAAAAUAUGGAGUAGAUCCCACCCAAAUCUGUAUUUCAGGAGACAGUGCUGGGGGUGCACUUGCAACACUAGUGACUCAACAGAUGAUAAACAUUCCAGAAAUGAAAAAUAAAAUUAAGACACAAGCUUUAAUAUACCCUUAUUUACAGACAGUUGAUGUCACCACACCAUCUACCAAAGAAAAUGAACAUGGUCCAUUACUAUCAAUGGAAAUGGCAAUUAAAAUGGGAUGUAAAUAUUUGACUACAGAUGAAGUAUGUCCCAAAAUAUUUAGAACAAACCAACAUAUGCCUCAAGGAUCAAGACAUCUCUUCAGGUUGGUUAACUGGAGUAUCUUCCUACCUGAACAAUUUAAAAAGAACAAUGUUUAUACAGAACCACUUACUGGAAGAUUUGACCCAUCAUAUGCAGGACUUACAGAUAUCAUGUUAUCACCCUUAUUGGCCAAUGACACCCAGCUACAAAAUUUGCCAUUAACUUAUAUCCUUACCUGCCAACAUGAUAUUCUAAGAGAUCAUGAACUUACGUAUGUCACACGACUUCAAAAUGUUGGAGUUCAAGUUGUUCAUGACCAUAUAGAGGAUAGAAUCCAUGCAGCAAUAGUUUACAUGGGGUCACUGUUCUAUUUAUAUCUAGGAAUUACACUAAAAGAUAAGUAUAUUAGUUGGCUAGAAGAAAAUCUAUAA